AUGCCCUCGAGGCGGCGGUACCACUACCAGGCGCGGCCUUCAAGGCCUUAUGCCCUGGCUCAAGCAGGAGUGAGGUUAGUCGCUUGGAUAACCAGCCUCGCCGCCAUUUUGCUUCUCGCAUACGUCUGCAAAGAAUGGUCAUCCAAAAGUCAAGUCAUAAUCGCGGGUGCUGUAGGCUGCGCAAUCGCAAUGCUCAACGACAGCUGGGAGAUUCUAGCCGUGACAGACACCUCAUUCUCAGUCCCCAGAUUAGUCACAUCAAGAAAAGUUCUCCACGACUUAUUUGCGCUGGCGCUCUGCGUGGGCGGCAUCAUAAUGAUGUGGGUAUCCAACAUCAACAUAUCCUCCGACAAGAAGCCCGGUCAGAGGAGGCAAGAACUGUGGCUUAUGGCUGCACUCUGGGCAUUAAUCGCAGUAGUUGGCUGGAGAUUAGUCUUUGCAGUCUGGGGCUGUGUGGACUGUACUGGUGAUGCCAGGCGCGCAGCAGAAAGACGACAAAGACGGCGAGGAGGACGAAAUGAUCCCUGGCACCAGAUGGGAAUUUUGUGA